CUUUGUUUGUUGGUGUUUUGGCAGAGUUGUGUCAUCGUGAUUGUUCUUUCAUUUCUUUUUUUCGGAAAUGUUUUCAACAACUUUCGUCACUUUUUUAACUAUGAAAAAUCACCAGUUACACUGGUUUGAUUAUCUUCGACAAUGAGUAACAUUUAAGAAAUAAAUAAAAUUAUGGCGCAGUCAAUCUUCGAUGCUCUAUCGGGUGUAUCCCUAGAUGGUUCAACAGUACAAUCAUUACUAGAAUCACAGACUCUAAUAAGUGAAGUAGAACAAUCAGCAAUAGAUCAAGAUGAAGAUGAUAUAUUUCAAUGCGGCAAAUGUAAAACUCAAUUUACUUCACUACACCUUUUCGUCCUGCACAAAAGGGAGCACACAAAGGUUCAAGAGCAAACUGUAGAUUUAAGUCAAUAUUUAGUCAACAAUGAUAACCACAUAGUUCAAACUGAUGAUAAUUGCCAAGAUGGUACUUCCUACAAUCCUGAGGAUGAUUUCAGUCAAACUCAUACCCUUGGAGAACCAAUUAUUUUGGAGGACAAUGAUAUUCUAUUUAGCAUGGAUCAAGAAGGUGCCAGCUACUUGACGUCGGAUUCAAGUUUUGGUGUACCUAUAAUUCUAAAUAAUGAGGGUUUAGAUUCUUUUACCAACUCAUCAAUCACUGAGCCCAUAGAUGAUCCAAUAAAUGAAGAGAUACAAGCUCUAAAGAACAACAUAGAAAAGAAUUUGGAUGAUAACAAUACACCAAUUACAAGCGAUGCUCCUAAAGAAAAUCCUCCAGCUGAGAGCCCACAGCAAGAUGAUCAAUCUGGUCAAAUACAAAACUUGAAGUACAAGUGCAGCUACUGUCACAAGCAAUUCGCCAAAAAGUUCUACUGGCAACAGCACGAGCGCUCGCACACAGGUGAGAAGCCUUAUCAAUGUGUUGUCUGUGGCCGUCCUUUCGCCCAAAAAUCCAAUGUGAAGAAGCACAUGUCUUCGCAUAAAGUUUGGCCAGGUACAGCUAUACAUUCGUUACCUCCCGAGGCACCAAUCGACGGAAGUAUUGAGCGCUCUUAUCACUGUCAAUUCUGCAAAGAAAUCUUUGAUUCUUACAAAGCUCUUAAAGGUCAUCUUAUCGUGUCUCAUCUAACUCUUAAAGUUUAUAAGUGCGUACAGUAUGGUUGUGGAUCAAUGUUUCCUGAGCUUGAAGAUUUUCUCGAGCAUACUAGAAGUCACAAGAGAUCAGAGUAUCGGUGCCAUGUUUGUGGCGAAACUUUUAAUACAUUGUCCGAUUUGGGACUUCACCAGUACACGCAUUCCGUCCAGAAACAGAAAACCUCUGAAAAAUACUACUGUUGUUCGGUAUGCAAAUCAUCAUUCUCAAACCUCGAAGCUUUACAGCAUCACACCGAGACGACUACUCACGAUUACGCAUGUCCUCACUGCGGCAAAAGUUUCCUAAUUGAGAGGUUCCUACGUCGACAUCUCAAAACUCACGCAUCAUCGGCACGCUUUGCUUGCGAGGAUUGCGGCAAAGCUUUCAAAACUGAACAAUACUUGGCUAAUCACAAGCUUAUUCACAGCGAAGAAACACCGUUUUCUUGUCCGCACUGUUCAGCUAAAUUCAAAAGGAAAGAUCGCCUUGGUCGCCACAUGCUCAUUCAUGAUCUUACCAAGCGGCUUAAGUGCCCAUUCCGUGGACACCUAGGUUGUAUGAGUGAAUUCUCUAGACCGGACAAGCUUAAACGUCAUCUGCUCACUCAUAGCAAUAUUAAACGAUUUAGUUGUCGUCAUUGCAAUCGUCAUUUUCAUCAAGCUCAGGCGCUCAAACAUCACGAGAUCAAGCAUCAUGGAUUCAAGUGCGAUGUUUGCUUACAUUCAUUUAAAUCCAAGGACCAGUUACUAAAUCAUAAUUGUGACCAGACACAUGAAGUGAAAAAGCAUACGAGUUCACAACUGCCAAAGAAAGCUUCGGGAUCGUUUAAGCCAAGACGGCCGACACCCAAGCGACAAACUAUUUCUAAAAGUCCCACUAUGACUGCGCUCAAUACUUUAGAUAGGGAGAAAGAUAAAGCCAAAGCUGAAGAGGCACAAAGAAAGAAUGUACCAGGUCUUUCAAAGCGAGAAGACGACUUCGACAUGAAAAUUGAUCUCGACCUCGACCUAAAUAACGAGUGCUCUUUAACACUGGAGCCUCUUGAAAAGUGAAACCUCUCCAAAAUAAAAGCAGGAGCGCAGAUUGCAUUUGUUUUAAGCUGUAGCGUAUGGUAUUUUGUAGUUUACGUAUCUGUGAUAACUGUAUUAUAAACUAUAUCAGCAUAAGUAACUUAUACACCAAUACCAUUGUGUAAUUAUUAAUAAAAAAGAAAUUUUGAAAAAGGAAAAUACAAUUAAAUAAUA